AUGGAGCCAACUGUGAAUCCUACAGCUGCAGAUCAUACUGCGUCUACUAGAGCCAAUACUGCAACGAUUCAAGGACAAGCCUGUGAUGCGCCGCGUAAUGAUUCUUCAACGGCUUCGGAGGGUUCACUCGCAGAUGUCACGAAUAGCAUCGCCAGUGCCGCGGGGAAUUCGAUCAGCGAGGUUAAAAAUAAGCUCACAACUGUCGCCUCCAAUGAAUCGGUUCAGAGUGUUUGGGAGCAGGUUCGCUCGAUGGCUACCGGAAGGAAUAACGAGACCCAAGUCGGUACCUCACCCAGUCAGGACGAGAUCGACCUCAUCGAUAGCAUGGACAAUGAGAAGAUUGCCGAGUUCCUCCGGGAAAAGCAUAGAAGCGAUGCUCACCUACCAAGGAGAAGAUAG